UGCGCUCCUGUUGCAGGGAAAGAAGAGUUGCACCUGAAGGAUGUGACUCCCCGUCCUCCAGAAGGACAAUCUAAAGCUGGAUGCUACCCUCCUGGUAUAAGGGUCCCUCCUCCGCCGCUCCCACGCAUAUAGCGCUUUUGACAGUACCUGGACCAGCGUCUACUUUAUUAGCAACUGCACUGCACCUUGACCAGCACCUACAUCUACUUCCUUACCAACUGCACGACACCUCGACCACCACCUACAUCUACUUCAUUACCAACUGCACGACAACUCGACCACCACCUACAUCUACUUCAUUACCAACUGCACGACACCUCGACCACCACCUACAUAUACAUCAUUACCAACUGCACGACACCUCGACCACCACCUACAACUACUUUAUAAGCAACUGCACGACACCUCGACCACCACCUACAUCUACUUCAUUACCAACUGCACGACACCUCGACCACCACCUACAUCUACUUCAUUACCAACUGCACUACACCUCGACCAGCACCUACAUAUACAUCAUUACCAACUGCACGGCACCUCGACCACCACCUACAACUACUUCAUUACCAACUGCACGACACCUCGACCAACACCUACAUCUACUUCAUUACCAACUGCACGACACCUCGACCACCACCUACAUAUACAUCAUUACCAACUGCACGACACCUCGACCACCACCUACAUCUACUUCAUUACCAACUGCACGACACCUCGACCAGCACCUACAUAUACAUCAUUACCAACUGCACGACACCUCGACCACCACCUACAACUACUUUAUAAGCAACUGCACGACACCUCGACCACCACCUACAUCUAUUUCAUUACCAACUGCACGACACCUCGACCAGCACCUACAUAUACAUCAUUACCAACUGCACGACACCUCGACCACCACCUACAACUACUUUAUAAGCAACUGCACGACACCUCGACCACCACCUACAUCUAUUUCAUUACCAACUGCACGACACCUCGACCAGCACCUACAUAUACAUCAUUACCAACUGCACGACACCUCGACCACCACCUACAACUACUUUAUAAGCAACUGCACGACACCUCGACCACCACCUACAUCUACUUCAUUACCAACUGCACGACACCUCGACCACCACCUACAACUACUUUAUAAGCAACUGCACGACACCUCGACCACCACCUACAACUACUUCAUUACCAACUGCACGGCACCUCGACCACCACCUACAUCUACUUCAUUACCAACUGCACGACACCUCGACCAGCACCUACAUAUACAUCAUUACCAACUGCACGACACCUCGACCACCACCUACAUAUACAUCAUUACCAACUGCACGACACCUCGACCACCACCUACAUCUACUUCAUUACCAACUGCACGGCACCUCGACCACCACCUACAUCUACUUCAUUACCAACUGCACGGAACCUUGACCACCACCUACAUCUACUUUAUAAGCAACUGCACGGCACCUCGACCAGCACCUACAUCUACUUCAUUACCAACUGCACGGCACCUCGACCACCACCUACAUCUACUUCAUUACCAACUGCACGGCACCUCGACCACCACCUACAUAUACAUCAUUACCAACUGCACGACACCUCGACCACCACCUACAUCUACUUCAUUACCAACUGCACGGCACCUCGACCACCACCUACAUAUACAUCAUUACCAACUGCACGACACCUCGACCACCACCUACAUAUACAUCAUUACCAACUGCACGACACCUCGACCACCACCUACAUAUACAUCAUUACCAACUGCACGACACCUCGACCAUCACCUACAUAUACAUCAUUACCAACUGCACGACACCUCGACCACCACCUACAUAUACAUCAUUACCAACUGCACGACACCUCGACCACCACCUACAUCUACUUCAUUACCAACUGCACGGCACCUCGACCACCACCUACAUCUACUUCAUUACCAACUGCACGACACCUCGACCAGCACCUACAUAUACAUCAUUACCAACUGCACGGCACCUCGACCACCACCUACAUAUACAUCAUUACCAACUGCACGACACCUCGACCACCACCUACAUAUACAUCAUUACCAACUGCACGACACCUCGACCACCACCUACAUCUACUUCAUUACCAACUGCACGGCACCUCGACCACCACCUACAUCUACUUCAUUACCAACUGCACGACACCUCGACCAGCACCUACAUAUACAUCAUUACCAACUGCACGGCACCUCGACCACCACCUACAUAUACAUCAUUACCAACUGCACGACACCUCGACCACCACCUACAUCUACUUCAUUACCAACUGCACGACACCUCGACCACCACCUACAUCUACAUCAUUACCAACUGCACGACACCUCGACCAGCACCUACAUCUACUUCAUUACCAACUGCACGACACCUCGACCACCACCUACAUCUACUUCAUUACCAACUGCACGACACCUCGACCACCACCUACAACUACUUCAUUACCAACUGCACGGCACCUCGACCACCACCUACAUCUACUUCAUUACCAACUGCACGACACCUCGACCAGCACCUACAUCUACAUCAUUACCAACUGCACGACACCUCGACCACCACCUACAUAUACAUCAUUACCAACUGCACGACACCUCGACCACCACCUACAUCUACUUCAUUACCAACUGCACGACACCUCGACCAGCACCUACAUCUACUUCAUUACCAACUGGCACUCAUUCUUGGCCUCGAUUCAUUGUUAUUGCAUCGGUCGAUGAAACUCCUUUAAAACUUAAUCCGUUUGCCAUAUCAAAGGGCAUCCAAAGUACUUGUGGUGAAGUGAAGAACGUUACACGUCUUCGUUCUGGUUCCAUACUUGUGGAAUGUGCACGGAGACAGCAAUCUAUCAACUUGCUGGGUCUCCAGCAGUUUGUUAACACGCAGGUUGCUGUCUCAGUGCACAGGACAUUGAAUUCUAGCCGUGGUAUCGUGCGAGAUCGAGCACGAUGUCUUUCAGAAAUGACUGAAGACGAGAUUGCAGCAGAACUUAAGCAUCAAGGUGUCACCGCUGUCAAGCGAUUCACACGCAAAACAGAAGAUGGAAAUAUAUUAAAAACUCAGACAUAUCUUUUCACAUUUUCAACUUCUACUGUUCCAUCAUCAAUAAAAGCUGGAUACUUUAACAUCGGAGUGGAGGUUUAUGUUCCAAAUCCACUCCGGUGUUUCAAGUGUCAACGCUUCGGUCACGGGGCCAAAUCUUGCACGGCCAAGACAAGAUGCUCCCGUUGCAGUGGUCCUCAUGAGGGCACAGAGUGCACAAAUGAGAUCAAAUGUGCUAACUGCAGCGUUCAACACAAAUAUGUUGGGUGUUACCGCGAUGGGUCUGAGCGUCUGCUUCCAUACGAGAUGAUGAAGGACAUAAAUCAUCUGACAACUGAAUCUUGCAAGAUGCACUGCCACGGAAAAGACUACACCUACUUUGGAACCCAGGAAGACAAAGCGACAAUUCGAUAUGCAGGAAAAUCGUGCCAAUGUGGUAAUGUCAAACCUGGGGACAUCAAACUUGCCACUGGAUGCAACGACCAAUGUCCCGGUGACAGAAGCACGAUAUGUGGAGGACACUGGAGGAUUUCCAUCUACGAGUUUGUCUAG